GAUGGAGAACUUCAGAACACACUUUGGGGGGUCACACACACACAUAGACCCCAAAAUCGCCCUCAAAACCUCCCCCAUUCCCACUCCAGCUGCAGCUUGGCCGUGCAGCUGUCCCGGGUCAGGGAGAGCGUCCUGAUCAUCUCCACCGACCCCGCUCACAACAUCUCCGACGCCUUCGACCAGAAGUUCUCCAAGGUGCCCACCAAAGUCAAGGGCUAUGACAACCUCUUCGCCAUGGAGAUCGACCCCAGCCUGGGGGUGGCCGAGCUGCCUGACGAGUUCUUCGAGGAGGACAACGUGCUGAGCAUGGGCAAGAAGAUGAUGCAGGAGGCCAUGAGCGCCUUCCCCGGCAUCGACGAGGCCAUGAGCUACGCUGAGGUCAUGAGGCUGGUGAAGGGCAUGAAUUUCUCCGUGGUGGUUUUCGACACGGCCCCCACGGGGCACACGCUGCGGCUGCUCAACUUCCCCACCAUCGUGGAGAGGGGCCUGGGCCGCCUCAUGCAGAUCAAGAACCAGAUCAGCCCCUUCAUCUCCCAGAUGUGUAACAUGCUGGGCCUGGGGGACAUGAACGCCGACCAACUGGCCUCCAAGCUGGAGGAGACCCUGCCCGUCAUCCGCUCCGUCAGCGAGCAGUUCAAGGACCCGGUGAGCCCAGGAGGGGGGGCCUGGGGGG